AUCAAUGCAUAAAAUAUAUUAAUGGAUAGAAAUACAUUGAUCUUUGCUUAUUUAGCCAUGUUCCUGCUUUUUAUGGCCUUUAAAAAAGCCACUCCGGAAAUUGACAAAACGUCGACAAAUAUUGCAUCUAACAUUGUUGAAAGUGAUAUUGACACAUCAAAAAUAAAAUCGGAUAGACUCCAACGUAAAAUUUAUGAUAUAUUUCGCGAUAUUGACGAUCGCGAAGAGGAUGAUAACAUCCAGUCACUGAUAAAACGAGAAAAAAACAACAGAGAACCAAAAAUAUGGGACCAAUGGGGUAAUUGGUCAACAUGCAGUGUCACUUGUGGAAUAGGCAAGAUCAUGAGAUGGAGACAUUGCAUAGGCGGACGUUGCUCCUUGGGGGAGAAAAAAGCUCAGUUGAAAACAUGUACUUCCGCAGCAUGUUAAAAUAUUUUUUAUGCACAAUGUAGUUUUAAGAAAUUUACAUUGUUUCAUUAAUGAUAAUUAAAUAGAAGGAAGAGUGAAGUUAAAAAUUAUAGAGAAUUUUCUAAGUAAAUAGUUCUAUAGAAACUUCUAUCUGUUAUUCAGAUUUCAUCAUUUAUAUAUCUUUUAUUUUUAUAUUUUAUUUU